UCCACUGAUUGAAGUGGAUUUAACUAGUGACAUCAAUAAGGGAUCAUAGCUUUAGCCUGGAUUCACCUGGUCAGUCUAAGUCAUGGAAGGAGCAGGUGUUCUUAAUGUUUUGUAGACUCGGUGUAUAGCACUACAGAUAAUCAAGUGCUAUUUGCAUGUGAUGCAUUUGCUCUGUUGUUUACAAGAUGAUUUGUAUCUUAUGGAGCGUGGCUUUAAGGGAAUAGUAUGGUCACAUCUAGAUAAAAACAAAUGUGAAAAAUGAACAGAGAAAAUGUAUAUUAACACACUACCUAUUCAUAGACGUAUUUAUUCAUCAUCUACAUAUUCAUAUUACGUUUCUACGUCUGUGUACAGGACGCUAUUAUUUGUAAGACGUAAGAGAAAAUAUAUCAGCUUAUUGUUAAAUUAUUAUGACGUUCUUUCCAAUACAAAAAGUGUAGUAACUGUUGUUUCCAAACUGCGUUACCCACUUCAGUCAGCAGAUGGCGGAUGUACGUCUUUCAGGUGAUGAUUCUUGCGUGACAUAUAAUUUACUGGACGGGACGCUUCUUCAGGAACAACAACACGGCUACUCUUUCAACCACCUCGGUAGCUUGCUAGCCAACAUAAAACUGAAAUAUUGACGCUUUAGACCAUGUUAAUGUACAUUAGCUAAUCUCAGUGGUUUAAACACAGUUCUGUUGACAUAUCUACUUGUUAACUUUAGCCUAAUUUGCUUGUUCAAUUUGCAAAUGUGUCAAAGAUUGGUACUGAGCCUAGCACGAGGCUAGUCGCUAAUGCUAACUAGCUAGCUAACAUCCCUGACCAUGAGCUCACUCAGCAACUCGCCUCUUGCUAAAGAAGAAUAUGUCUACUGGACGGAGAAAGAAGCUCUGGGGCUGAACAUUGUCGUGAAAGAAGAAGAGGAUGGUAUUACAAUGAAAGGAGAGAGAGAAGAUUUCAUAAUUAAAAAGGAGGAAGAUGAGGCUGUUAUACUGAAAGAAGAGGAAGAACAUUUUGGAGUGGAAGAGGGGAUAGAGGCUGUCACAGUGGAAACGGAGGAGGUAGAAGCUUUCAGAAUGAAAAAGGAGGAAGAGGAGGCUGUCACAUUGAAAGAAGAAGAGGAGGAGGAUGUUAAAGUGAAAAAAGAUAAAGAACUAGGAGUGGGAGAGGAUGCUAUCUCAAUAAAGGUGAAGGAGGAAGUCGUUUUGGGAGUGAAAGAGGAGACAGAAGAUCAGAUAAACACCAGAGAGAGACACGACUAUCAUGGAUCCUCUGGGGAGCCUCAACAACAUCCUGAUGCUGACGAGGCAGAGAAGAGUCUCUCCAGAUCAGAACACCAGAUGGACAAUGCUAGCCCGCCCCCUUCCUCCCUCCCGGAGUCCCCGUGUCGUGCCUCUCCCGGUAGCACCUUACUGCUGGGUAUGAAGAGGUUGUCUGUGCAGCUGGUAGACUGCAGGAAAACAACGGGGCUGAGUGGAACUGUGAGAGGAGGAGAAGAGAAGAAAGGAUCAGAUUUGACUCAUCAAAAAGGCCGACCAGAAUCAGAGGAACCGGAGACGUCUGAACCAGCGAGACGACACCACUGUUCACAGUGUGGAAAGAGUUAUACCCGUUUAUGGAGCCUGAAAAACCAUAAGAGAACACAUGCAGGGAAGAAGCCGUAUCACUGCUCUCAGUGUGGAAAGAGUUUUACACGGUUAGGGAGCCUAAAAAUACAUGAGAGAAUACACACAGGAGACAAGCCUUACCAAUGCUUCCAGUGUGGAAAGAGAUUUAUCCAGUCAACACAUCUGCAUGAGCAUAACCGAAUACACACAGGGGAAAAACCAUUCCAAUGCUCUCAGUGUGGAAGGACAUUUUCCCGAUCAGGGGACCUGAAAUCUCAUGAGAGAAUACACACAGGGGAAAAGCCUUAUCACUGCUCCCAUUGUAAAAGUAGUUUUAGCUGGUCAGGGCAACUGAACGAGCAUGAGAGAACACACACAGGGGUGAAGCCUUACCACUGCUCCCAGUGUGGAAAGAGUUUUACACGGUUGGGGUCCCUUAAAUCACAUAAGAUAUAUACACACACACAGAAGACAAGCCCUAUCACUACUCCCAGUGUGAAAAUAAGUAUUUGUCAUUAGGGGAUAUGAAAAAGCAUGAGAGAAAACACUGUAGAGAAACCUUUCCACUGCUCUCUGUGUGGAAUGGGAUUUACCCAGUCAUGGCAUCUGAAAGCGCAUAAGAGAAUACACACGAGAUAAGCCAUUACCGAGUUAUACCCGGUAAGGGAAUUUAGAAACGCUUGAGUUGACACACAUGAAAUAACGAGAGAAAAUGGACAAAUGUAGAUUUCCGCCUAAAUAGACAUGCAAAAGUAACAGCUAUUCAUGUGUAAUUACGUGAUUCUGACAUGCAAAAACUUGGUAUAUUUGGAAAGAAGACAUCUGGGAGAUUAUGCGGGAAAUUAUCAGAAGAUAGAAGUUACAUAGUUCAGAAUACACAAGAUCAAGCACACACAAAAUACACUUUUUUAAAUUAUUUUUAUUUUGGCCCCUGCGCAAGAGAUCCAUGGAGGGCGUUACUUCACCAGUUCUCAUACCAUGUAUUACUAUUAUGUGAUUAGCCUAGUUGGUUUUGUAAUGUUAAUUCCCAUGAGAGGAAUUAUGUUUUUUUUUUUCUAUCAUUGUAAAUUGUGUCUAGAGAUUGAGCUGACAUUUAUUAUUUAAUGUAUAUUGUUUAUUGGAUUUACAUUGCAAUAAUGCCCUUUUUCAUCCUGUUUCCCUCUGUACACAGACCACUUGUAUACUCUGGUUAUUCAUUAAAACUCCUACUGUAGG